AUGGGAAUAAUAGAUAAGAUUAAGUCGAUAGAAGAGGAAAUGGCUCGUACGCAGAAGAACAAGGCUACGGAGCACCAUUUGGGUCUACUGAAAGGUAAGCUCGCUCGAUACAGACAGCAAUUGCUGGAGGAAAGUACAGCUUCGAGUGGUGGUGGUGGUACUGGGUUUGAAGUUGCAAAAUCUGGGGAUGCUCGUGUCGUUUUAAUUGGCUACCCAUCUGUUGGGAAGUCAUCAUUGCUCGGUAAGAUCACUACAACUAAGUCUGAAGUGGCCCACUAUGCUUUCACAACCUUAACUUCUGUUCCAGGAGUUUUGAAGUGUAAUGGUGCGGAAAUCCAGGUUGUUGAUCUACCUGGCAUCAUUCAUGGAGCUUCAAAAGGUAAGGGUCGUGGUAGACAGGUUAUUGCUACUGCGCGUACUGCAGAUUUGAUCUUGAUGGUUUUGGAUGCGACAAAGAGUUCAUAUCAGCGUGCAUCGUUAGAAAAGGAACUGGAAUCUAUUGGGAUCCGUUUGAACAAGGAAAAGCCAAACAUCUACUUCAAGCAGAAACCGACUGGUGGAAUAAAAAUUAACUUCACUUCGCCGGAAAGAUCUAACUUGACCGAGGAAGCCAUUAAGUUAAUUCUGCGAGACUACCGUAUCCACAAUGCUGAAGUGCUUAUUCGGGAUAGUGCAUGCACAAUUGACGACUUUAUUGAUGUUGUAAACGAAAAACACAGAAACUACAUCAAGUGUCUUUACGUAUACAACAAAAUCGAUGCUGUGUCACUUGAAGAGGUAGACAGGCUGGCACGUGAGCCAAAUACCGUUGUUAUCUCCUGUGAAAUGGAAUGUGGAUUAGAUGAUGUGGUGGAAGAAAUAUGGUAUCAACUAAACUUGAAUAGAAUUUUCACCAAGAAGCGUGGCAUUCGGCCUGACUUUUCAGAUCCUCUUGUGAUAAGGAAUAGCUCUACUAUUGCUGACCUUUGUCACCAUAUUCAUCGAGACUUCAAAGAUAAGUUUAAAUAUUCUUUGGUUUGGGGAUCCUCAGCCAAGCAUUCGCCACAGAAAUGUGGGUUAAAUCACAAGUUACAUGAUGAAGAUGUUGUUUGCUUAUUUACCAAAUAG